AUGGCGCUACGACUUAAAAAAGACAUCAAAAAGGCUUCGUACUACGUGUGGUUCCUGGGGGCCCAGGAGUCGCGCGGGUUGCGGGGAGAGGAGUUCGCGUUACCCGCUAUAAGGCUUCUGGAGGAACGAGCAAGGGCCUUGGAACCUUUCAAGGUUACUCUGCAGGUCUCACACAAGGGACUGAAGAUUAUUCAGAAUGUGUCAGCGAAGGGCAAACAGCAAACGAUCAAACACUUCAUACCUCAUGGAAGUAUCACGAGCGCGGUGGUACAGGGCGACGUAGUGGCGUGUGUGCUGCUACUCUACAACCCCAUUACUGGAUGCCCUGUACACGUGCACGCGUAUAGAUGCGAUUCGGAUCACACCGCAGAAAUGCUGUUCACGCACCUACAAGCAUUGAUCGAGCGACCCGAAAAUCAAAAGAAGUUUGCUGACAUUGAGCGGAAAUUGCAAAUGCGUGGCGCUUUGCCCUCGAAGAAGCCUCCAGACUCUUCCUUAGGCAGUGAAGUCUCAAGGGAAUCAGACUCCGGCAGCACUGAAGAGCGAUGCGUUGCUAAUCUUUACGACAGUUUGGCUGCCGAACUGAAACAGAAGCUGUCAACAGGUAAAAAGGGACUAGAUCUGCCAAUUCCAGGAAAGAGUCCCAUCCUGCUUCCCCCACGGGAUUACGAUACGGUACACCGUCAGAAAGGCAACCUCAGCAACAUAGAUACUCGCAGAUGUCUCAACCAAAGUAUCGUUGGAGUUAACGCAAGACGCAAACUGGAGUCUUCUGGGGGCAGUUCUGGUAUCGGCAGUGACCUAGCACCUUCGCCUGAGAGAAAUGACUACACCAGGCAGCAUGACAAUCACAGCACAAGUGGUUAG